AUGCGUGUAGUUCUUCUUUUAGCUCUUCUGGGCUCAGCCCUUGCUGUGCCCAACAACCCGAGCCGUAUAGUUGGUGGCUCGGCUACUACAAUCCAGGAUUACCCUUACAUGUCCAACAUGCAGUUCCUUUGGUGGGGUUUCUUCUGGUCCCAGACCUGUGGAGGAUCCUUGCUAACUCCAUACUCCGUGCUCUCUGCAGCACACUGCUUCUAUGGUGACCAGGCCUCGCAAUGGCGUGUAGUCCUCGGAAGCACGUGGGCAAGCAGCGGUGGCCGUCCUCACCAGGUCAGCCAGCUAGUGUUGCACCCUCAGUACAAUCGUGCCACUUUGGAACAUGAUGUCGCCAUUGUACGCCUCAACAACCCUGCUGUGUACUCUACCACUGUCCAGCCUGUCAGCAUCGCUGGUGCUAAUUAUAACCUCGCCGAUGGCACCGCCGUGACACAUAUCGGAUGGGGCGCAAUUUGGGCCGACGGCCCAUCCUCUCAGCAACUCAUGCACGUUGAUGUUAACAUCAUCAACCAGAAGCUAUGUGCCGACCGCUACGCCUAUCUGAAGACUCAACCUAAUUUCGAAAACUGGCCUGACAUCACCGACAACAUGCUUUGUGCCGGUAUCUUGGACGUCGGAGGCAAGGACGCCUGCCAGGGAGACUCUGGCGGUCCCCUCGCUCACAACAACGUCAUCGUUGGUGUAAUCUCUUGGGGUUACGAAUGCGCUGAUUCAUUCUACCCUGGUGUCAAUGCUCGUGUUUCAAGAUACGCAAACUGGAUUUCAGCCAACGCAUAA